GAAGGGCUGAACCUAUGCACGAUCCCCUCGUCGUGCCUAUUGCGGAGCGUGCGACGCUGUAACUAUGGGUAAUACCGUGCCAUAAAUCCAGUCCUUUCCUCUGUGCACAGCGCUGCUGAAUAACCGCCCUCCCCCUGCUGAUCGUCGUUCUUAUCUCCUCGACAGCUUGCUCGAUCAACGUCUUCCACCAUGCCGCGGCCCAAGAAAGAGGGCGCCCCGGAACCAAAACGGCGGAGUCGCACUGGCUGCUGGCCGUGCAAAGCCCGCAAAGUCAAGUGCGGGGAGGAGAAGCCCGGCUGUCUCAAUUGCGAGCGUACGGGCGAGGAAUGCGAUUACAGCAUCCGCCUCAAUUGGGGCGGCCGCACGAGGAACAAGGCCGAUAGUUUUCAGGUCGACUCGCGGAGCGGCACAAGCAGCCCGUCCACCAUUGUCUUUCCUACACCAGAGGAGCUGACCGGCCACCGAACGCCGUCGCCUCAAUCCCACAAGCGUUCCAGUCGACACAUUCGAUCGCGCUCGAGUAAUUCCCACCACCUGGGUCGCGAUCGCUCACCCGUCGUCGAUCCCGACCUUCGACCGUCCUUUCAUUCGCACUCGAGGUCGCAAAACGGAAUAGCCGACGACCUCACCCGCCUCCCAGAUAUACACAGUACACUCCCGGUGGGUCUGGCACAGUCCAUGAGCAGCAAUGUUCCACGAUCAAACGUGACAUCUGCUCCUGCCGACUUUCGGGGCUUCACCUUUCGUCCUCCUCCUCCAGCAGAGUACCCCUCACCUUCAGCUUCGGCACUUCCCAGUCCAAAUUUCUCAGGGGACCUGCCAACGAAUGACUCCCCUGCUGCCAUGCUUCCCCCUUUUCGCACUAUGCCGGGACUCUCUUCACCAGCUCGGGGCCAAAGCGCUUCCUUCGCUGAAGAGACGUUGUCCGUGCCCGAUCACAGACCGAAGCGGAUCCGAAUUGGAGUGAAUGGUGAAGCGUCGCCAAUGACGGGAAGCCCUCUAUUACUAGAGCAGAGCUUUGACGUUCCAGACACACGUCGAUCGCCGAACGCGGCGAUGUUGAAUGCGUAUAGCCCUUUCAACGGUGCGCCCCUUACACCCGGAUCUUCAGUUGCUUCGGACGAGCAGCUAAGAGGCUCUGCGAAGGUAGCUGCGCAUCAGCUGCCUCCUUCCACGGCGAAUCAGUCAAAUCAGGAUCCACCAGACUUGCGUCGAUUGUCUGUGCAGUCCUUACUCGCCGAAGAUCGAGAUAUUAAGCCAUGGAAAGCAUCUCAACAGAGCAAAUAUCCUUUGCAGAGUGUAGCAGAGGAGACCACAACUUAUGGCUAUGAUCUUGGUCUUCCGGAUCUAGACACGCCGAGAAAUGACGAUCUCGGUGCCAUCCUGCCAUACAGUCCACCUGCUAGGCGCGAGAGCGUCUUGUCUUAUUUGAACGCCAACGGAGAAGAUGAAUGGGAUAGCAGUCCUUUCAACCCUUUUAGUUCUCAAUCGAAGGUCAUUGCGUUUGAACCUGGUGGAUACUACGCCAACCCUGUUGCAAUUAAAAUACCCUUCUCUCUCGAACCGCUCCCGCCAAAACUUGUGGAGAAUAAGAUGAACCUUUUGUACUUCCAUCAUUUCCUCAAUCAUACCGCCCGUAUUCUCGUUCCUCAUGACUGCUCGGACAAUCCGUUCCGUUCUGUGCUUCCAGAGAUGGCUCUCCAAGACGAGGAUCUUUUGAACCUACUUCUCGCAUAUUCUGCCAGCCAUCGAGCGCGCUUGCUCCAUCACCCCGAACCCGCAAAUCGAAUCGCCGUCUAUGCAAAGGAUGUAUUUCCGAAACUGCGGCAUGCGGUGACCACCAAUGAGCCCACCAGUAUCAGUACCCUUGCAACAGCCAUCAUGCUGGCUUCUUUAGAAAUCCUUUCUCCAGGCGCUUUUGGUUUUGGAAUUCCUUGGCGCACACACCUGAGCAUCGCUCGCCAGAUGAUUGUUGCCCGAGGCGGUCCUGACGCCAUUAGCCGGGCAGACAAGGUAUCGUACUUCCUCAUUCGCUGGUUUGCAUUUCUCGACAUCAUAGGAAGCCUGAGCGGGCGUCAGAGAGACCUCCCGCUGAGCACCUACUAUUGGAUGAAUGAUUUCUGCGACUCUCAGAUUGACUGUCUGCUUGGCUUCCACAGCAAUUGCGUCGGAUACCUUGCUCGAGUCUCUUACCUGGUCAACACCGUCGAACGUGAGCGGAUAGAUGAGAUGGGCAAUGUCCAAGAAUCUUGGCAACCAUCCCCGGCUAUUGUACAGCAAGCUGAAGAACUCAAGCGUGAAAUACAUCAGGCAAGAGAGCAAGUAUGGAAACCUUGUCCGUAUGGAACGAAUGAAAAUGAGCAUGAGGCUGGUUGGGAUGCACUUGAGAUCGCCGCAACAAACGACAUGUUCCAUUGGGCAGCUUUGAUCCACAUUGAUCGCCGGGUUUUAAAUCUACCUCUCGAGAAUGCGGAGGUUCAGUACGCUGUGAAAGAGAUUGUUGGGGCUUUGUAUAAAAUCCGUGGCGGUAGCAGCGCAGAAGCCAACAUCUUGUUCCCUCUCUUCACGGCGGGCGUGCACGCGGUUGACCCUUAUCAACGCGAACGGGUUAUGAGUCGCCUUGCUGUCGUUGAAACGUUUGGCAUGACACAUAUGACAAAAGCAAAGACCCUUAUGCAAGAGGUCUGGAACACCGGAAAACCUUGGGAGAGCCUUGUUUCGGACGAGUUUGUUGGCUGAAGAUGUGGAAGUUAGGAGUUGAGUUUUCUCUUCCAGACUUCGCAUUGUAAUGAUUAAGUGCUUUCAGGAGUGUUGUGGCGCACGGAGAACUGAGAUGGUAGCAUAGCACAAUGGCUACCCAUCAUCUAGGAAGAGUUCACACACUCCUAGAAUCACUGCAGAUUCCGGCAGAUAUCUGUUUUUAUGGUUUCAGAUACCCCACCCUCGCUAGAGUGCGCUCAUGACAAUUCAAUCUUGAUUAAUCA